CUCGCGCAUGCGCGAGAGCGACUGCAGCGCGGGUGGAGCGUGUCGGAGCGUGGAUGCUUUUCCUGUUUUUUGAAGCUGCUGCUGCAGACUUUGACCUCUAUAUGAGUCUUACCCAGUGAGAGGAGAUGAGACGGACAUCAGGAAGAAUGAAGGGACAGAUCUUCUCUCUGCUGGUGACUUCCCUGUUUUUGGGCAGCCUGCUGACCAAUGUCAUCUGGUACAGCUUCCAGGACGGCAAUGUGAUCCGCCGCUCGCCGACCCCCCAGAGGAGGCGGGCCCCCAGGACCUACGAAAUCUGUAAAGGCUGCAAGGAGCUCAUUGAGAAAAUAAUGCAGCGUUAUAAUGAAACCUGGCAGAAACAGGAGAACAAUUACAAAAAAUUCAGACUUAAACUUAAAAGUCGGUGCAACGGUUUUGACAACGCCAUCCUCACCCAGGCCAACGCUCCAGUGGGAUUCAACAUUGUUACCGACAGGAAGAAGAAGAAGACCGUCCAGGUGACCCGAGAGCUUUUCAGCCUCCUUGCAAAGGAGCAUCCUUUCCUAAAUAAGACAUGGGACACGUGUGCCAUUGUUGGGAACGGAGGGAUCCUGGAAGACAGCCGCUGUGGAAAGAAGAUCGAUUCAGCUCAGUUUGUCAUCAGGUGUAACCUACCUCCUUUAGAAGAUGGUUAUGAGAAGGAUGUUGGUACCAAGACGAGUCUGGUGACGGCAAACCCAUCCAUCUUUGAAGAGAGAUAUGGCUCUCUGAUGAGGCUUCGCCGUCCGUUUAUGGAGAAACAGCGUACUUAUGGUAACGCUUUGCUUCUUCUUUCCCCGUUCCAUGCAUCCCGCUACACAGCCAUAACGCUGAGAGCAGCUUACACCAUCAAUGACUUUGGCGGUCCCACCCGGCCUGCCUUAUUAAACCCCGACUACCACCACAAUGUCACCAACUUCUGGCAUAAGCAAUCCCUGAAAGAAGCUCGGCUGAGCACAGGGUUACUGAUGGUGAGUUUGGCCCUUGAACUCUGUGACAACGUGCACCUGUACGGAUUCUGGCCCUUCAAUAAUCACCCCCAUGGACUCCAUAAUCUGAAGCACCACUACUACGACAACAGGCCGCCGAAAACAAGAUACCAUGCCAUGCCUGACGAGUUUGAGCUCCUGCUGCAGCUGCACAGUCGGGGAGUGCUUAAGCUUCAUCUAGGUGACUGUCGAGCUGGGAAACAGACAGGAAGAAAGGAAGAUGGGGGAGAAGAGAAGAGGGAAAGGAAGAUAGGGAGAGAGGAACAAGGAGAAGAGGAGAAAAGGGUGAUGCAGAAAAAAAGAGAAGGGCGAGGUGGGGAAGAGAAGAGGCAGAAAGGGAGAAAACAAGCAAAAAAACUAAUGAUUAAGAUGGAUUAAUGUCUCUCUUAGCCGUAAACUAUGUUAAACUUACUUUUUUGGUAUUGUCAGUAAGGUGUUACAGUAUGUGAAGAAUUAGAAAUAAUAACCAUGUAUGAUAAAUGUCUGAAGAAAGGCUGCAUGAUAUUGCAAAAAACAGACAUUAUGAUACUGUCCUGUAUGAGAUAUAUAUUGCUUUUUUUUUUUUAAAUAAAAAAUGAAAUUAA